AUGGGCAGCCUCAUCUUAGACGCUCUCAAUGUCCACGUUGAAGGCCAAGGGGACAAAGUUGUGGUGUUUGCCCAUGGAUUUGGCACUGACCAAUCCACUUGGCAACGCAUUCUCCCUUUCUUCACACCAUACUAUCGUGUAAUUCUCUUUGAUCUUGUAUGUGCUGGCAGUGUCAAUCCUGAUUAUUUCAAUUAUGGACGCUACACCAAUCUUGAAGCUUAUGUUGAUGACUUGCUCAAAAUUCUGGACACUCUCCGCGUUGACCGGUGCUUUUAUGUGGGCCACUCUGUUUCUGCUAUGAUCGGUAUUCUGGCAUCCAUUAGACGUCCAGAGCUCUUCAUCAAGCUUAUUCUCAUAGGAGCAUCGCCAAGGUUUUUGAAUGAUGAAGAUUACCAUGGAGGAUUUGAGCAAGAAGAAAUCGAUUCUGUUUUUGAAGCAAUGGAGGCUAAUUAUGCGGCUUGGGUCAAUGGUUUUGCACCAUUGGCAGUGGGAGCUGAUGUACCAGCUGCUGUCAGAGAGUUUAGCCGGACCCUUUUCAAUAUGAGACCAGAUAUAACAUUAUUUGUGUCGAGGACCGUUUUUAAUAGUGAUCUAAGGGGAAUACUUGGCCUGGUAAGAGUACCAUGUUGUAUAAUUCAGACAUCCAAGGAUGUCUCUGUCCCGGCAUCAGUGGCUGAGUAUCUGAAGAACCAUUUGGGUGGCAAAAAUACUGUGGAAAUGUUAAGAACCGAAGGGCACUUGCCCCAUCUAAGUGCACCAGCUCUGUUGGCCCCGGUCAUCAGGCGAGCCCUCUCACGGUGA